GCUCGCCGAACCUCCCUCCCGGAGCGGGCGCGCGCACACGCCGGGCGCGCCGCCGGUCGGCCUGUGUGCGGGCAGGCCCCGCGCGGACCUCGGCGCUCGGUGUCGCUUGGCCGGCGGGGACCCGCGCAGGCGGCCAUGACCCAGGCGGAGAAAGGCGAAGCGGAGAACGGGAAGGACAAGGAGCGGGACAAGGAGCGGGAGCAGCGCGGAGCCAAGCGGCCCAUCGUCCCCGCCGCCGUGCCCGACUCCCUGCAGGAGCAAAUACAAAGCAACUUCAUUGUUGUGAUACAUCCUGGAUCAACAACUCUGAGAAUUGGGAGAGCCACUGACACGCUUCCUGUUAGUACUCCCCAUAUCAUUGCAAGAAGACAGAAACAUCAAGGACAGCCUGUAUACAAAGAUAGUUGGCUUCUAAGAGAUGGACUCAAUAAACCUGAAAGUACUGAGCAAAGACAAAAUGGCCUUAAAAUGGUGGACCAAGCAAUAUGGUCCAAAAAGAUGUCAAAUGGUGCAAGGCGUAUACCAGUGUCACCUGAUCAGGCCCGAUCAUACAACAGACAGAUGCGGCCGGCUAUUCUAGAUCACAGCUCUGGGAACAAAUGGACAAAUACGUCCCAUCAUCCUGAGUAUCUGGUAGGAGAAGAGGCGCUAUAUGUUAAUCCUUUAGAUUGUUAUAAUAUUCAUUGGCCUAUCCGAAGAGGACAGUUAAACCUUCACCCAGGGCCUGGCGGCUCCCUUACUGCAGUACUAGCAGAUCUUGAAGUUAUCUGGUCGCAUGUAAUACAAAAAUAUUUGGAAAUACCGCUGAAAGACUUAAAGUAUUACAGAUGCAUUUUACUAAUACCAGACAUAUAUAAUAAACAACAUGUGAAAGAACUCGUACAUAUGAUCCUAAUGAAGAUGGGCUUUUCAGGUAUAGUGGUCCAUCAGGAGUCUGUCUGUGCUACUUUUGGAAGUGGCUUAGGUAGUGCGUGUAUAAUAGAUGUAGGCGAUCAGAAGACAAGUGUUUGCUGUGUAGAGGAUGGAGUGUCACACCGUAACACCCGGUUGUGCCUUGCAUAUGGUGGAUCUGAUGUAUCGAGGUGUUUUUACUGGCUUAUGCAGCGAGCUGGGUUUCCUUACAGGGAUUGUCAGUUAGCUAAUAAAAUGGACUGCCUUCUCCUUCAGCACUUAAAAGAGACAUUUUGUCAUUUAGACCAGGAUAUUUCUGGACUGCAAGACCAUGAGUUCCAGAUUCGUCAUCCAGACUCUCCAGCCUUAUUAUACCAGUUCCGAUUAGGGGAUGAAAAACUACAGGCUCCGAUGGCUCUGUUUUAUCCAGCAACUUUUGGAAUUGUUGGGCAGAAAAUGACAUCUUUGCAACACAGGUCACAAGGUGACCCAGAGGAUCCUCAUGAUGAACAUUAUCUGUUAGCUACCCAAAGUAAACAAGAGCAGUCUGCAAAAGCUACAGCUGAUAGGAAGUCCAUGUCCAAGCCUGGUGGAUUUGAGGGAGACUUGCGUGGCCAGUCCUCAGACAUUUCAGAGAGGAUUUAUCCACAAGAAGUGGAACUGGGAUCCUCUCAGAGUGAUUGUAUAAUAGCUGGAAAUGAGUCUGAGGAACCCCUAGCAGCACACAUGUCCAGGAAAACCGCUAUAUCCCAGUUUGAAGGCAAAGCACUAGGCCUUGACAAAGCCAUUCUUCAUAGUAUUGACUGCUGUGCCUCUGAUGAUACCAAAAAGAAGAUGUAUAGUUCUAUCCUAGUAGUGGGAGGAGGUCUGAUGUUUCAUAAAGCUCAAGAAUUUCUUCAGCACCGAAUUCUCAACAAAAUGCCUCCUUCUUUCAGAAGAGUUGUUGAAAAUGUAGAAGUCAUUACAAGACCUAAGGAUAUGGAUCCACGCUUGAUUGCAUGGAAAGGUGGUGCAGUUUUGGCCUGUCUGGAUACAACCCAGGAACUAUGGAUAUAUCAGCGAGAAUGGCAACGCUUUGGUGUCCGGAUGUUACGGGAGAGAGCUGCAUUUGUGUGGUAAUCUAACAAGAUUCGAAUGAAACCUCAAUUUAAUUGAAUAUUACUUUUCAAAAUUAUCCUGUUGUCCAAAGCAAGCUCAUUUCUCCUGCUUGUGGUUUGAGACUUUUUUUUUUUUAAUGUGCUAGUUUUUGGCUGAGGUUUUUGAGAAGAACCUGAAUUAGGUGCCAAAAUCCUACUGAGUCAAAAGGGAAGUAAGUGCCUAAAAUGCAUGGGCAACUUUAAAAAUCCCAGUUUUUGGCUUUUUACAUACAGAUUCUGUGCAUAUGGGUGCUCCUGCUUUAUCCAAAUAAAUUAUAAACUGUUAUGUCACAAGUGAAACUUAAAGCUGCACAUCAUUGAGAAGCUAUGUAUAAAACAAUAAAGUGGCAUAUAGACAUACAUGCGUUUGUAAAUAA